AUGGGGCGAGGUAAGAAUGCUCGGAGGAAGUCAAGGUUACAAGAAAUAUCGCAACUUGGAGAUAUGGAUAAAUUAGAAUUUAAAAUGGAUUUCAUUAAAGAAGUAGGUAGUCGUUGGAAACGGAACCCUGUAUUCACCAGAGCUAUUAGAGGACCUACAGCGGAGGUAACUUGUGGAUUUCAAGGAAUCCCCUUUUGCGUCAUUGGGGUGAAAGGAGAAGGAGCAAGUGUUAAAGCUGCCGAAGCUAAUCUAGCUUUCAAUUUUCUGUCAUUCCUUGAAAAUGGUUAUAUCAGUAAAGAAUCUGUUAGGAAUAUCAGAGGGAGAUGGUCACAAUCCACCGAGGAAAUCGACGAAAUUGUGAACGUUUUCCAAUUUAUAGAAAAUGUAUUGAAAGGAAAUGCCUAUGAGGAAUUAAGAACUAGUAGGGACGAGACUACCCCCACUUGCCGUUCUCUUGCACGUAACUUGAAAACGAAAGUCAAAGCAGCUCUCAAGCGCAAAGAUCAAGGCUUUAUGCAGAAUCCCAGUUCUACUCGAAAAAGAAAGAAUGAAGAUUCGAUCAGUGAAGAUCAACCGAAAGUUCGUAAAACUGAUAUAGGAGCUGUAAUACGAGGGGCCGAUGAUGAUGAAAUUAUAUGCUUGGACGACACCGGUGAUUUGUCUACAAGUAUAAACGUUUCACCAGCCAAAGAGAAAGAUACCAUGAAAAUCUUAGAAGCAUGGGCUGCUCUCGAAAAGAAGGGUUUUUAUGCAGGAUCUGAAUCCUUAGCUGAUUGGUGUUCCAAGAACUGCUUACCUGUUGACUUUGAAAGAUCUUUGUUGGGUGUUGAGUACUGCGCACCUCACGGUCAUCAAGAUAGGAUCAAUAAUUAUAUAUCGAAAUAUCCAGACGACAUCGAAAGACUCGAGAAAAACAUUUGGAAACAUUAUGAGAGUAAUGGACAGAACACUCUCAUAUACAACAGUAAAAUGGAAGCGCGUGAGUUGCUUCUCGAGCAGAUCAGUUUGUUAUUUCCUCGUCGUCAUCUUCAAAUGUUUGCUGUAGGAUCCACUGUUAAUGGUUGUGGAAGUUAUAAUUCAGAUAUGGAUUUGUGUCUUUGCAUGCCAAAGGAAGGCACUAUAGAUGACUUCGAAGUAGACAGGACUUCUGCUAUGAGAGUUCUGAGGAAAAUAAAUACAGCUAUGAGCACCAGGCCUGCUUUCAGGAAGUUAGUCAGAAGAGCAGAUUUCGUACCCGCAAAGGUGCCGAUAAUAAAAAUGAAAAUGAAUCCGCCAUACGAAGAGUUGGAUCUUGAUAUUAAUGUAAACAAUACUGCAGGCAUAUACAAUUCCCAUUUAAUCCAUUAUUACUCCAAGGUUGACGCCAGGUUUCCAGCUCUAGCCCUCCUAAUAAAACACUGGGCUAUUACUAAUAAUGUUAAUGAUCCAAUGAAUGGUACGCUCAAUAGUUAUUCUAUCAUCCUCCUUGUGUUGCACUAUUUACAAUGUGGUGUGCGUCCUGCAGUUCUGCCCAAUCUUCAGUAUCUAUUCCCUAAACGAUUUUCUGAUAUGCCACCUCUUAAUGAAUUACAUUUAUAUCAAGACCUUAUCGGAGUACCAGAGCGUCCUAUGAACAGUUCAUCAAUAGCGGAGCUAUUGAUAGGUUUUUUUUAUUAUUAUAGAAGUUUUGAUUUUACGACAUAUGCUAUAUCUAUAAGAAAUGGAAAGCGGUUUCUAAGGGCGAAAAUGUCCAUUGACACACAACAUUAUCAAAUGUAUUUAGAAGAGCCUUUUGAUGGUAAAAAUACUGCCAGAUGUGUAACCAAACCUCAUUCAAUGCAUAGUAUACGUCAUGCCAUUAAUAAAGCAUGUAUCCAAUUUUGUGAAAAAUCUCCAAGACUGAGCAACAUAGAUGUUAAGGUUUGA